AAAAAAGAAAAAUCCGAAAUCCAUGAAAUCGGGUCAACGAGAGAUAUACACAGAAGCGGCGGCUAUCGUGAGAUGACGAUGAAGGCUUCUUUCAAGGGAAAGUUCGAUGUCGACAAGAGCGGUGGCACUGCUUCGCUUGCCUUCAACGCCGGCAAUGUUAAGCUACGCGCCACCAUGACUGAUGCUGCUCUCGUCGCCGGCCCUAGCUUGAACGGUCUCUCUCUCGCCGUUGAGAAGCCUGGCUUCUUCAUCAUCGACUACAACGUCCCUAAAAAGGAUGUUAGGUUUCAGUUCAUGAACACAAUCAGAAUUGCAGAGAAGCCUUUGAAUCUGACUUACAUUCAUAUGAGAGGAGAAAACCGGACAAUUGUUGACGGGAGCCUUGUGGUUGAUCCGGCAAACAAGUUGUCUGCUAACUACACGGUGGUUUUAUUUGGAUUUCUAAAUCCUUAA